AUGGUCUUGCUUGAAUCCACCUAUAACUCUAUCUCUACUUCUCUACUUGACCGAGCUUUUGAUUUGAUGGAAAGUCUUGGUGGAGAUGUGCAAAAGAGUAGUGGGGUUGUAACUGCUGUUUUUCCAUUAUUAGGUACUUAUGUUCUUAGUCGGCAGCCUCCUAAAAGAGAGAUUUGGUUGUCUUCACCAGUAAGUGGUCCACAUCAUUUUCGUGGUCAUCCUAGUGAUGCGCCUAUUAGUUGGCUUAACCGUUCAGGAGAUGCUCUGUUUAGCUUUUUAUCUAAUGAACUAACUAGCUCCUUAGCUAGUCAUGGUCUUAGUACUCGUAACGAUAAUCUUACCAAUGAGAUGGCUAAUAAUAAUCGGGUUAGUAAAGUUAAGAAAGAGAGCGUGGGAUUGGAGUAA